AUGAGUGACGGAGGGGCGUUGUUGGAGGCUGCAGCAUCCCAAAGUGGAAGGGAGGGAAGGGGUGGCAGAAACCGGACAGCCCCACGGCGCCCGGCAACCAGCCGGAAAGCGCCCCCCACGCCCCAGCGGAACGCGAGCCCGAGCCGGGUCCCGAGCAACCAAGCGCGCACCCGCGCGUGCGCACACGGCCCACCCAGCCCAGCGCGUCUCCAGGUGCGCUCGCGCUUCCGGCCGGCCUUCGCUGGGCGGAAACUCCAGGGCCCGCGCAUGCGCUUUGGAGCUCGCCUGCAGGGUCCGACGGGCCCCUCCCGGCUUCAGGUGAUCCCACCCCUCCCUCGCCGGGCGGGACCAAUCGAACGGCGGCAGGAGGGUUUUUCGAGCAAGAGGCCCCGCCCACGAGGGGCGCGAGGCGCGUACCGAUUGGUUGGCCCCGCGGGCGCAGGUGCGCGCUUCCCAUUGGGUGGGGGCGGAGCGCGGGCCGCCGAGGCUUCGGCGGAGGCUGCAGCCGCCUUCGCCGUCGCGGCCGCCGCCGAGGCCGGGAGGGCGGGCUCCGCGUCCCCGCCCGCCGCGCCGCCAGUCCGACCCUCGGUCCCGCCGCGUGAGGAGCCAGCGGAGCGGGGCUCGGCGCGGAGACACGAGCCGCGGCCGCCCCUCUGCAGGUGCCUGUGA